AUGGUCUUUAUUUCCCUGGAUAACCUAGGCAACAUAAAAGCAGUUGCAUCAACAGCAACUAAUGGGUUAAAUGUCAUAACUCGGUCAAAAGUAGAUUUGGAUCCGGCGAACAAACCUCUUAGUGCCUGUUGGCUUAUUGGGAGUAAUUUGUUUGCUGUAGGGAGGAGGAAUGGUAUAAUAGAUAUAUGGUCAAUUUCCGAUAGUUUGGCUCUAAGAGCUAAAUCUGUCGUAUCAGAGCCAGUUAUUGCCCUUGGCACUUGUGACAACAGGUUGAUAGCCGUAGGGGCCGCCACCAACAUUUACGUGAUGGACCCUUUUUCAAUUGCCAAAAGCUGCGUAAAAUGCCAUGUUAAACGCGAGAAUUGCGCCUGCAAAGGAGAGGAAAAAGCCGAUUAUUUUCCGAUGUUGCAAAAAAUUCCACAUCAAAGCACCAUUUCUUGUGCCAGUUUCAGUAAAAUUGCGCCCCUUAUCGCAAUCGUCAGCAAUUCUAUUCCCACCUUAGUUGAUGUUAGGUCAGGAGAUGUGUUAUGGAGGGCUAAAUCUAGGAAGUCUUCACUACUCAAGUUGCAGAGGUCAACAAAAAUUAACUGCAUUUGCUUUUUAGAUGCAAUAAAUCAGAACGUUGUUGCUGUGGGUUAUGGCGAUGGGUCUAUUGUUAUUUACGACGCUAGAAUCCAGAAGAGACCUGUGUUUGAAUUUAUACUGGGUGAUAAACGUUCAAAGGGGGACAAGAAGGAGAAGUUUUUCAAAAGGCUUCACGAAUUUGAUUUAUCCAGCAGAUUCCCUAAAAUUAUGUCUUUGGACCGCGACGCGCCCCUGAGGCCAAUUGUGACUGUGAAUUUGAUUGGCAAAUUACCCCAGAUAUCAACGAUUGCAGAAUGCAAUUACAGUGACGGCUGUGAUAUAAUUGUCACAGAUAGCGUUGGCAACAUAUCACGAGUUGCCAUUCUUACUGGUAGUCUACUGAUCAAGGAAUUGAAGGUUACGGGCGAGAUGGAUGAAAGUAAGAUAUGGGAUACACUGAUAAAAGCUAGGAAGUUGGUCAAGAGUGCUAAAACAAAUGACGCCCCGGUGGCUCAUGCAAAAAGUGGUCCUCAGUUUGGUGCUAAAGUCGUGUCAAAUUACCAACCGCAUAGGGGAGCAGUUGUGAAUGUGGCCGUGGGCGAUACCGAAUUCGUUACGGCCAGUUUGGACCAAACUUGCGCAGUGUAUAAUGUCGAGGCGAACAAAAUGAAACAGCAGAUUCACUUGCUUGAGAAGCAAUCCUUGGUUUUGUUAGUGUAA